AUGUUGAAAUAUGCUGGAAUCUUCGUAUUAGGCCUAGCUCUUGUGUUUCUCCUCUCGAUCAGGACACCAGUCUCAAGCAAGGUUCUACCGACGCGUAUUCCUGCCCCUACGUCAAUCCCUGCUUCACAUACAGCCUCGCCAUCAUCGCAGGUUUUCCCUCGCAUUGGCAAAGUUACAGCGUCAUUCGGUCCUAAGGAUCCCGUUUACGAAGCCGCCAUCGCUUCACACCAGGUCCACAACGACCUCCAUGGAUACCCUCAAUUCAUACUGCACGAACGCAUGCUUCCUGGUCUCUGGUCCAAGCACGCUUUCUUGCUCACGAUUCUUGGAGCUGAACUCGCUAAGCCGGCGGCGGAACGGCUGGAGUGGCUCUUCUGGCAUGACCGGGAUACCAUACUGAUGAACCCUAAGGUACCGUUGCAAGUCUUCUUACCGCCGGUGCAGGACGUUCAUUUGGUGGUGACGAAUGAUCGACAUGGGCUCAACAAUGGCGUCUUCUUUAUUAGAGUAAAUGAAUGGGCAAUACGUUUCUUCGCUGCUGCACUAAGCCUGAAAGAGUAUAAUCCAGACAUACAGUUGAAGUACAGCGAGCAAAGUGCUAUGGAAGAGGUUAGCAUGCGGCAAUACUUCUCCUCUGCCAUUGCCCAUGUGCCUCAACGAUGGUUCAACGGGUUUCCACCGAAUCAAGCACACCCUGACAAACCAUCAUUGGCACGUCCUGCGUCUUUGCUUAUCCACUUCGCUUCGAACAGAGACGGUAAACGUCCAGAGAGGAUGGCGUACUGGGUAGCGCGGAGCAAGGGUGAUGAAUGGAUCAAACCGCUCAACGAAACAGGGUACCCAGCUGAACUUGAGGAGUAUUGGGCGAGAACAGGGAAAGGAGAGGAUGUUGAGAACCUGUGUAAGGAGAUUGGGGCACGGGUUUGGACUUAG